UAAAUGCAGGGCUUUCGAAACAUAAUACAACUUUGUGCGUUCGGAAACACACGGGAAGGAAAGUGUCACCUAACUUGUAACUUGUUUGGUUUCUUUUUAGCUCGCUAAAUUUGCGACAGUUUGCAACAUGCAACAUGCAAAUAAAGCAUGCAAGGUUUUGUUUAAUUCAGGACUAAGGAGUCCACUGACAUCUGUACUUUUGACACGUCACAGUGCAAUGUUAGCAAGAGGAUAUGCUAGCACAUCAGGAGAUACCGAUUUGGUUGUCAUUGGUUCAGGUCCUGGAGGUUACGUGGCUGCAAUUAAAGCUGCACAGUUAGGACUUAAGACAGUAUGUGUUGAAAAAAAUCCUACCCUGGGUGGCACCUGUUUAAAUGUUGGUUGUAUCCCAUCUAAAUCAUUACUAAACAACUCACAUUACUAUCAUGUCGCUCAAAAGGAAUUUGCUACACGAGGUAUAAAAUGCAGCGAAGUGUCCUUGGAUUUAGAUGCGAUGAUGAAGGCCAAAACAGAUUCAGUAUCUGCACUUACUGGUGGGAUUGCAAUGUUAUUCAAGAAUAACAAGGUCACUCAUUUACAAGGCUUUGGAAAAAUUACAGGACCAAAUGAGGUGACAGUGUCAAAAGAUGACGGUUCACAGGAAGUUGUUAACACUAAGAAUAUUUUAAUUGCAACAGGUUCUGAAGUGUCACCUUUCCCUGGAAUCGAGAUAGACGAAGAAACCAUCGUCUCCUCCACAGGUGCCCUUUCACUUAAACAAGUACCAAAACGCAUGGUAGUAAUUGGUGCUGGCGUUAUUGGUGUCGAGCUUGGUUCCGUCUGGCAAAGGUUGGGCAGUGAAGUCACAGCGGUGGAAUUCUUGGAUAACAUAGGUGGAGUCGGUAUUGAUUUGGAAAUUGCAAAAACGACGCAAAGAAGUUUAACGAAACAGGGACUUAAAUUUAAGUUAGGACACAAAGUGACUUCUGCCACCAAGCAAUCGGACGGUUCCAUUAAAGUUUCUGUGGAAAAAGUGAAGACUGGGAAAGUGGAGGAGAUCGAAUGCGACGUUUUGCUCGUUUGUAUCGGACGGCGGCCGUACACAAAUAACAUUGGCUUAGAAGAAGUCGGAGUCGCAAAAGACGAAAGAAAUCGUGUUGUGAUCAACGAGAGAUUUCAAACGAAUGUACCAUCGAUAUACGCAAUUGGUGACGCAGUACACGGACCAAUGUUAGCACACAAAGCUGAAGAUGAAGGUAUCAUAACAGUGGAAGGGAUGUGUGGUUCUGCUGUACAUAUUGAUUACAACUGUGUACCAUCAGUUGUGUAUACGCAUCCAGAAGUAGCAUGGGUAGGAAAGUCCGAAGAACAACUGAAAGAGGAGGGAAUACUAUAUAAAGUUGGAAAAUUUCCACUCGCUGCAAACAGUCGUGCAAAAACUAACAACGACACGGAUGGCAUGGUAAAAAUUUUAAGUCAUAAAGAAACGGAUCGCAUACUUGGAGCACAUAUUAUUGCAAGCUGUGCUGGUGAACUUAUAAACGAAGCAGCUCUAGCUAUGGAAUAUGGAGCUGCUGCUGAGGACGUUGCUCGAGUGUGCCAUGCUCACCCGACCGUCUCGGAAGCUUUCCGAGAAGCCUGCUUAGCUGCGUAUUGUGGGAAAGCAAUCAACUUCUCAUGAACCGAACCCGAUUGUCUCUUAAUUACAAACCGUUAAGCAUGGGUAAAUCCAUGUGAAGAUGGUGGCUGUGAGCUGUGUAAAGAAACAGAGCAUCUCUUCUUUACAGAAUCAACAAUGUUUUAAAACUCUGUAUUUAUCUACAAAGUUGUAUAUAAAUUCUAGAUUACAACAGGUUUUAUGUCUUGAA